AAGACGGGAAGUCUGAGGAAAAGCAUAAGAAGAGAAGAACCCAGGAAGAAGCAAACACAUUGAAAACGAAGCAAAGAUUCAGAAACUUAAAAUGAGCUUGUAGAAUAGAUAUGGAGGGUUCAUCAUCGUCUUCUUCGUCGCCUUCACUGAUGUCCAAAGCGGAUGGCGAGUUGGAGGAAAUGCUCGAUCGGAUGGCGAGUUGGCGAGUCCAAAUCGGAUGGCGAGUUGGCGAAUCCAAAUCGGAUGGCGAGUCGCCUUCACUGAUGUACAAAUCGGAUGCUCGAUCGGAUCGACUCCAAGCUCGAAGCCCCAGUCUCGAAGCUCCCUCCCCUUACCAUAUCAUCUCUCUCCUCCCAAUCUCCCGCUGUUCGCAACAAGGUUCUUGAGAUAUUGAGUCAUGUAAACAAGAGAGUGAAGCACCAGCAUGAAAUUGGUUUGCCGUUGUUGGACUUAUGGAAAUUGUACACCGACCCUGCUGCUUCUCCUAUGGUUAGGAAUUUUGUAUCGUGUAUGUUGAGAUGGCUUUUGAACGAGCUCCUGCUAAGAGGACUGGUUCUUGUUCACUGUUAUAGGAAAGAGAGGAUAUUGCACCUAAGACACUGGAGAAUGUUUCGAAGCUUCCUCAGCAGCACCAGGAGAUUGUUUUGAGAUUUGUCAUUAAGGUGGUCUCUCAGUCCUUCCUUUAGUGUGAAAUUGG